CAAGGUCAGGUACAACAUGUUACAUAUAUUCUCUGUACCAGUCCUCUCCCUAUACGGCUGUCUCCCUGAGAGGGAACACUCUCAUUAGCCAGUCUGUCUGUUACCCAUGAUUAACUGUCAUUGUGACAUACUGGAAAUUUUCUCCAGGAAAUCUGAAGGCAUUCAUGGAUAUUAAUUGAAGCAUAUGAUCAGACUGUCCACGACUGGCCAAGGCUGACCAGGGCUGACCGGACUAUCAGAAUAACUGCAUUAAAGCCUAUGGCUUAAUUUCGGUUUCUGUUUAGAGGGAUUAAGGGAAGUCAUCAAGUGCUGUGCUAUAAUCUUUCGAUCCUGCUUUGACCAUCCAGGAUAUAUCCUGAUACCACAUCUGAGAUUAAUACAUGGUCAUUAUCCAAUACCGAGAGAGGGGACCAUUUCUGGAAUAAACCAUCUCGACUGAUCUCUACGAUAGUUAUCGGGGAUCUAGGCAUACAGGAUAGAGUUGUGUUCUACAAACGUGUCAAUGGUAUCAAAUAUGUGAAGAAGAAGACAAGAUCAAUUCUCUGAUAUCAUGUGAUCGGCCCCUGGUGGACAGCGAUCACAACUACAGCCCUCUCACCCCGGGGACCCGCACUUAGCGCUAAAACAGCUGACGGAUCAGACCAGCCGUUAUAGUACCACUGCUGAUGUUUCAGCAGUGGAAAAAGAAUAGGGUUCCCUGUGUUAGCGUUCAGGUAUAGGUUUUCUAUUAUGUAGGUGUUUACAUAAAAUACAGCGGAAUUGCCAGGCAGAUUCUUAUCAUUGCAAGCCAACAAAAGCGCUGAUUCCAAUGUCAACCAAGUCUGCGAGUAUUCAUAUAAUCAAAGUUGAAAUUCAAAGGGUGUAAUAUAUACGACUCGUCUCAUUUCGCUGGAGGAUAUACAGAUUCUGACAGGUGAUAUCGACACCAGUACUCUCGGGACAGUUGAGAAAGGACUUGUCAGCAUCCGUGAGUCGGCAUCUUCUGUACAGCCAGUGCAGUUGGUGACAGCAAGCUUGUGUUACGCUCAGAGAAAAAUUGACCUAGUGUCGCAAACACAUUCCAACUUGUUACAUCACAUAUGCAAAAUGAGCAGAGGAAGGCUGCUAAUUCCUUCGUGUACAAUCUCCUAAACUGAGGCUUUGUGACAUUGAACUCCAAAAGUGUCAUGAAACUAAAACAGGAUUGCUCUUAAAGGAAUAUACGACCACACUAAGACUGUAAAAACAAUGAUUUUUACAGAAACCAUCUAAUUCCUAAGAGGAUAAUUUUAUGCUAAGAGGAUUUUUUCCACUCAACAGUACAUUAAGAGAAAGGAAACAACACACAUUUUGAGGAAUUUAAAGAAUCCGAUUGGACAUCUGAAACUAUCUUCAGAUGGUGGCAAAUGUACUCUGGGGAAUUAAAAGUCUAUCAAUAGGUGAACGGUUCCAAGAGGAUAAUUUAUAGUUCAAGUGCAAAAUGGAGUUUUAAUCAAUCCCGAUUCUCUGUGUAAAAAGGAAUCUUCAUAUGAUUACAAGUUACGUAAGUACGGUACAAUAAAUGGUGAGCCAUUUGAGAACUACAGACUUUUGCUACAGAGAAUAGGCUAGGAGACAUAUAAACGCCUGCAUUGUUUUUUUAAAAAUCUAAAUGAAAGUUGUUUCUGUGAUUUUUAUGAUUUUGAAAGGAUUUUAAAAAACAACAUAAAGAUGGAACUUCUAAUCACUGCCUCGCCAGAAAAUUUCAAUGACACGUACCUCCCGCUACAAAUACCAGACGAUGUACGAUUCUACCAUAACAUUGCCGCCACCAUUACGGCUGUCAUAGGAUUUCCAGCCAAUCUUGCUAUAAUUGUGGCAAUUUUUAAAACUAAAUUACACAGACAUGUCGGGACGGUGUUUAUUUUAAAUCUCGUGAUAAACAACAUGGUGGUUUGUAUGACAUGUCUACCGUACAUUUCGAUACUCUCGUUCACCGUGCCGGAUUUAACAACACAGGGAGUGAACCUAGGAUUCUGUAAGUUCAUGGGAUACAUCGCCUAUAGCAUUAAAGGUUCAGAGCUACUGGGUCUGGUUCUGAUCUCCGUGAACAGAUAUCUGAUCGUCGUUCACUUUGGAAAGUACCAGCAGAUCUAUAGCAGCCGUUGGAACAUCAUAAAGAUGGUGGUUGUGUCGUGGAGUGUGUACCCGAUAGUAUUACUGUUUCCUGUUACAGAGCUGUGGGGUCGUCUAGAGUACGAUCCCAAUAGGUUCUUCUGCCAGCCCUUCUACGCGCAAAACUCCUUCAAGCGGUUCCUACUUCCAUUUGCCCUCAUUACAAGCAUUCCUGUGAUACUGUAUUGCUACGUAGGUAUUCUAAUCCGAUUCUGGAUCAGCAAGGAGACUAUUAAUGCUUUACGAAGUAAAUCAAGGUCGUCAAAUUCUUCAAUCACCCACGGAAAAUACACACGGCGCGACAUGCGUUUGGUUGUCAUGGUGAUGCUUAUUCUGACCACGUUUUUUUUCCUGUACAUUCCGUUUGUUGUCAUGUCUGUUCUGGACCCCCAGAUGAAGAUAUACAGCCCCCUGCUUCAUCUGACAUUUAUCUACAUGAGCUGGGCGCGUUGUCUGGUGAACCCCCUCGUGUAUUCGAUCAUGAACCCACGUAUACGUAACGCCUGUCUAGUUAGCUACAAACACGAUUCCACUUCGUAAAUCUGCGGACCUUAUUUAAGUGCAUGACGAGAUCUUGAAGUACAUUUUACCUAUUUCUCGAAAUUUACAAAACAUGUGACAAUAGCUGUACGUGAAAAGCAUGUGAUAUAGAUAUAUAUAUAUAAUGUGAUUAAACUGUGUUGGAAGCUUUAGAUAUAUUUCAUUAUGAGUUCCAAAGACAUUUUUAGUAGUGUUUUAAAUUUUCUCAUCAUGUGUUUGAGUGUAAAGACGGAUUCUGAGCUUGCUUAUUGUUAUUAAAGAUUUAAUUUCAUAAAAUCAUACUACAUUAUCAAUUAAUUGUUCAAGUGCCCAGAUGAGGUGAUGAAAUUCAGAUUGUGAAAACCAUCAAGUAUUUAUUUGUUUUUGAACAGAUUUCCUGCCAAGUAAAAGAUAUGUUCUCGUUCAGCAUUUUUGUAACUAUGUUAAAUGUUUGAAAUGUCUGUGAUAGUAUUAAUUCUGUGACCAAGUAAAGUGAAACUUUGGUACCGUGAA